UCCAGAGCAGCCGGUAUUCCCUCCCCUGUCCCUUCUCUUCCCUCCGCCUCCUGUCGUCAUCCCGAGCCACGUGUGAGGGAAGCUGAAUACCAGCUGAAACCCCAGAUUUAUAAUCCCGGCAUGAGCGGCAGCAGCAGCUGUGUUGCUCCGGAGGAUGCAAUAAGCAGUCGCGAGUGGGGAAUACUGCCAGUAAUCCUUCUCUGCGUGCCCUUCCUCCUGCCGACCACGGGAACAUGAAGGCUGUGUCCAUCCAGAUCCUGCUCGUGCUGAGGGCCUUGUGCCUGGUCACCCUGGCUGGAGGGCAACCCAAAGCACCCCUGAAGUGUUCCAAGGAGUGCUCUAUCUUUACACCCGAGAUAGCAGAGAAGAGGAUAAAGAACUACCGCUGGACCGAGCCCAGAUGCCCGAAAAAAGCCAUCAUAUUAACUACUCUGAAGUCUAAGGAGUUUUGUGCAGAUCCGAAGGCUGAGUGGGUGAAGAAGAUUGUAGAGAAACUGGACCAGAAGAAGGCCACGGCCUCCCCUCUUGCUCGUGGUGCCACCUCACCAGAAGAGCCCGGUGAUGUUCAGAAACAGGUUGGUCCUCCAGUGAGGGCUCCAUCUCCAGCCACUGCUCCAGCUGGUUUCUUCCAAGGGACUGGCACAGCAGUCUGGGAGGGAACACACUCUCCUGCUGCAAGGACAGAGGUGGCCAGCGAGUCCCCACCAGGCAGGCAGGACAGCACCCAGCUCCCUGCAGGAUCACCCCCCGUGACUCAGGGAUAUGCUGCGCACUCUGAGGUCACUCCAGAAGCAAGCAGAGACUCCUCAAAUUCUCCUGCACCUUCAGCAACUGUUGCAGCAGGUGUGGACUCCAGCCAGCCCACCCCACAUCCCACAGCUCUCGUGCGUGGCUUUUACAGCACCAUCAGAGCUGCAGAGGAACGUGCAGGACAAACUGCAAAUGCCAUGGCUGAUGCUCAAGACACAACUUCUCCUAACUCAGAUUCAGACCCGGUGGCAACUACUAAAGGAUCAGAUAAACCUCUGACAGAUGAAUCUACAAGUGCCAGGCCCAAUGCACCAGACACCGCUUCCAGCACUUCCAGAUCCGAUCUCCCCUCCAUCCUGGACAGCGUGGGCAUUACAACACCCCCAGACAUACCAAUUCCACCAGGCACUAGUUCAGUUUCUACUCUGAACUCCACCAUUGCCACAGACAAAGGGGCUUCUGUCCACAGCCACAGGGUUGUUGGUUCCUCUGCAGAUGGGUCUGGUACCAGAACAUCUGAUUAUUCCUCACCUGCAGCAGAGCAAGAGCCUUCUGAUACAGCAGUUUUUGCUGACCAGGCAUUCUCAGGCCAAGCCAGGGCGCGGACGAUCACAGACAGGCCAAACCAUCAGCCCCUGUCCAGCUUCUUCUCUCAAACACAGUUUGUCAUCCCCGUGUCCGUGGUGAGCGCGGUGACGAUCUGCAGCGUCGCUCUGGUGUGGCUCUACCUGAAGUUUGGAAUCAGACCAGAAGACUCGUCGAGAGAAAUGGUACAGGGCUUGCUCUACCAGAGGGCAGGGCACCAAAACAACGCCUAUCCAAUGGAAGUCAUCUGAGCGCUUCAUGGCCUGGGCGUUUUUGGCCUGAACCACGUGUGUGUUAUUGCAGAAACGCUGUUCAUGCUGAACAGGUGACCACGGGUAGGAAGCAAACCAGGGAAUAAAAAUACCAGAGGAAACCAGGAUUCUCGCAGAGCAAAAUGUCCAGCAAUGCAUCUGUUUUGUCGCUGAGCAAUGACAGUGUUUUGGAAAUCGUUGGGACACUUCUUUCCUUCUGGCACUGUUACACACAAAAGCUGUGGCUGCUCUUUGCCAGGGGGUGGGCAGGAGUGGAUUCCCAAAUUGCUGUUGGGAAUUUUCCUGUGGUUCACCGUGGCUAAGCCAAGAAGCCACUCCCUCAGCCACACUGUUGGGCUCAGCCAACUCGAGCAAUCUUUUAGCACCAAACCCACACGAUUUGCACUUUUAAACUCUCUGCUGCUUCUUUGUGCUU